CACCAGAUAGAUUCAAGAUUCUCAACUACUAAAGCGAUCGAAGAAAGGAACUAAAAACCAAACCAGUGUCUCACUCUCACCCCAGAAACUCAUUGUUGUGUGGCACAACAAACUUCACCAAUGAUGAAAGCCCUCACAAGCUCUUGUUCUAAGGCCAUGGUCGAGACUCUAGGACCCUUCUCUCCCAGAGUUCCCCUUUGUGUUUCUGAUAGACCCGAAUUCUGCUUCACCCUUCGUUCCAAAAAUGAGAAAAAGGGAUGGAAUUUAUUGCUCCUGAAACUGGUUCGAAACAAUGAUCUUUACCCUGUUCAUGCAGUGCCACCAAAGGACCAGGUGGACUUGGAAACUGUGGAGCCUCAGGCUCAACAGAGUGAACAAACAAAUGAAUCAAAGUUUGUUCGUGUAUCGUUCCAGUUACAAAAGACUUGUAAUUUUGGUGAACAGUUUCUUAUAGUUGGAGGUGGUCCUGUGCUUGGUUCAUGGGACCCUUUAGAGGCAUUACCCAUGACAUGGUCUGAAGGACAUGUAUGGGCUGUGGAGCUGGAUAUGCCUGCUGGACAAACAUUCCAGUAUAAGUUCAUACUGAAAGGAGAAGGGGGGGAUAUUAUUUGGCAGCCAGGGUUGGAUCGAUUGAUCCACACUUGGGAAACUAAGAAUAGAAUAGUUGUUCUCGAAGAUUGGGAGAAUGUAGAACUUCAGAAAAUAACAGAGGAAGAUCAACUUGCCGAGCCAAAUGAGGAACCCCAGGAGUUUAUACAAUUUGAAGAUCAAGAUAUGUCACAAGUGGGUAAAUCUCAACUAGAUACAUAUUUGGAAGAGGCAAAUCUUUCAAAUAAAUAUCAUCCCAAUCUUGAUGUUUUGCAAUAUUGGAAGGACAAUCAAGCUCAGUUUCCAGAUCUUUCACUAUUGGCUUGUGAUAUUUUAAGCAUCCAAAUUACAACGGUGGCUUCCGAAUCAGCAUUUAGUAUUGGCUCACGGGUGCUUAAAAAAUAUUGAACUAGGCUUCUUGCUGACAACAUGCAAGCCUUGAUAUGUACUAAAAAUUGGUUACUACGAUUCGAUAUGCAAGGAAAAGAGGAUGAAGAUGUGGAGAUGGAGAAGGCUCAAGCUACUUCAAAUAUAGAAUCAUUUGUUGUUGGAGAUGUUUCAUAUUCUAAAGCAAGCACAAAGGAACCAAGUGCUAAAAUAUCCAAAGCC